AAGGUCGAUGAUAUCGUCCGGCAAGGCUUCACCGAGUCUAACUGUACACACGACCUCGCUCGAUCUGCCACCGGCUAUUGAUUUCAUCCAUCAUCGAGAUGAGCGCGAGCGAGGAAGGAAGACAUCCCGACGAGAUCUGAUAUUCUGAUCCUUCUAUACUCGGGGAAUGAUCGUUGCCUUUCACAUUUCGUAGAUCCCGUCUUGUUUCUUCGCGACGAUUUUCGUAUUCGUCUCCCGCACGUCGUCGUUCGUGGCGAUCGAAGGUUGGAUUUGGCGGCUCAGCAUAGAUUCUUUGAUCUAGUGUCUGGAAGCCUCCAUGGAGCAGUUUUGACGGAUUGCUGAGGCCCCCGCCCUCGGAAAGGCGGUGGAUUCAUUCUGGAGCUCUCCCGAUGGGCGGAUGUUUUUCUCUCUGUAUUGAAAAACCCAAACUUGCUGCUCCACAAGAUCGAGCAAGUGGAAAGUGCCAAAAUGGUGUAAGCCUUCUACCUCCUCCAAAGGAUAUUGAAGAUUUGAGACUCAUAGCUGAGUAUGGAGGUGUCAACAGAUUUACAUAUAGUGAGCUAAGAGCAGCUACUAGAUAUUUCAGGCCUGAUCAAAUUCUUGGAGAGGGUGGUUUUGGAAUUGUGUACAAAGGUGUUAUAGAUGAGAAUGUCAGGCCAGGGUUUGAGUCCACCCGAGUUGCUGUGAAAGAGCUAAACAAAGAAGGGUUCCAGGGGGACAAGGAAUGGCUGGCUGAAGUCAACUACCUUGGGCAAUUGAGUCAUCCAAAUCUUGUUAAACUUAUUGGUUACUGCUGUGAAGGUGAUCACAGGUUGCUGGUUUAUGAGUACAUGGCUUGUGGCAGUCUUGAAAAUCACCUUUUCCAACGGGUUUGCUUAACAUUGCCAUGGUCCACUCGUAUGAAAAUUGCCUUAGGUGCUGCAAAAGGGCUUGCCUUUCUUCAUGGAGCUGAAAGAUCCAUAAUUUAUAGAGAUUUUAAGGCAUCAAACAUUUUACUAGAUGCGGACUACAAUGCUAAGCUUUCUGACUUUGGCCUUGCAAAAGAAGGACCCAUUGGGGAUCAAACUCAUGUAUCCACCCGAGUCAUGGGAACAUAUGGCUAUGCAGCUCCUGAGUACAUAAUGACUGGCCAUUUAACUGCAAGGAGUGAUGUUUAUGGUUUUGGAGUGGUGCUCCUUGAGAUGCUUUUAGGAAGAAAGGCAGUGGAUAAAAGCAGAUCAAAUCGAGAUUUCAACCUCGUCGACUUCGCUCGCCCACUCUUGAUCAACAGCAGGAAGUUACUUAGGAUAAUUGAUCCAAGGAUGGAUGGUCAGUACUCAAAUAGAGUUGCAGUAGAGGUAGCUAGUAUGGCACAUCGAUGUCUCAGCCAUAAUCCUAAAGGGAGGCCAACCAUGGACCAAGUAGUUGAGAUCCUCCAAGGCAUUCAGGAUCUGCCUGAAAGCAUGGAAGAUUUAUUGCUUCAGAAUGGCAGCAUUGCUAUCACUCUCUAUGAGGCUCCAAAAGAGGAUGAGACCACUCCAAGUAACUACAAGAAGGAAGAUGGGACAAACAUGCAUCACAGAAGAAGGACAAGGCACGGAAAUGAAAGAAGCAAAAGUGAGCCCCCUGCUGAUUUCAACCUGUUCAGCCCCUCACCAGAUUCUGAUAAGCUGCAUCAAGUUACAAAACCAAAAUCUAGACGAACAAGGAUUGCCAAACCGUCUCUUGAUCAGCUUUAUGAUGUAUUAUAGAGUAUUCUCCUUUGCAUUUGAUCGACUGUUCUCUGCUUUACAUAUACUCAUAAUCAUUUUUUUUCCUCAAUUUGUAAAGGAGUUGGACGAAAGUUGAUCCAAGUCUCAAUUUCAUAAUGGUUGCAUCCUAGGUCUAGCUAGCUUGUAGUUAGAUUUAGCCACAGUUGUGCUAAAUAACAAGAACUGAGUUAACUAUAUUAAGGCGUGAGUGGAUCUUUGGUGUUUUUUUUCCUCUCCGGAGGGAAAUGUAAGUAAAAUCCUACUACUCUUGGAGAGAAUGUAAUACUCAUGGUUAUACUGGAGGAAAUGGGAAAUAUAA